UUCAUUCCAUGGUUGUUCAUUCUGUAGAUGCUGAAUUGAUUUCUGUGCAAUUAAACGUCAGAGAGAGUUGUGCCGUUAAUAGUUAGCAUGUCAGUGGUUAGUAUUUCAUCGGCAUAUAGUAGUUCUUAACUUUGGAAUAUUUGCAUCCGUAAAUGAUGGUCAGCGUUUUUAAAUACAUACUGGCACCGAAGUUAUACAAGCAGUAUGGUGUGGGUUCCUGCCAGGUUCUCUACGAGCCUAACAGUCUAGAGAAAUGGGGUGAUCAAAUAUUAUCAACGUUAUCUUUAAUGUGGAACAUUGGAUAUUACACUUCACCGAUAAUAUUAACGUUCCUGGUCCGUCGUGGUUAUUUUGCUGUUGAAUCAAUGCUGUCUUUAGUCAAGUUUGCUGCUGGAAUAGGAGUGCUUCUCAUGAUAUCGUUAUGCAUGAGAGGAAUCGGACGGUCAAAAUCAGAUUCUUAUGUUAACUUCAUGAAAGUCUUUAAUAAAUAUGGUAGCAUGCCCUGUGCUGAAACUAGAAGAGCGUUAGCGUUAUUCGAUUUUGAUUUUAGAAGCUGGCCCAUCGAUUUCGAAAUUAGUCAAGCAAGGAAUAGUAAAACUAUUUUCCAAAAAUUGAGCCGGAUGAAAUUCCUUUUAAAAUCAGCACUACCAUGUCAAGUGGCUGCAUACUUUGCCGUCCAAACGUUUGGUAUCAGAAUGAUUUAUCCUGGUUGCGUGAAGCUUAUUCAGGUUUUCAUUGAACCUGUCUUGAUCCAAGGAAGAUGUAAACUGAUUGAACAAGAAAAGGCAGUAAGAUACAAACUGAAAACAUGUGACUUGAACGAAAUUGACGCUGUAUUUAUUGACAAUCGCAAUAAAAACGAUAAUGGAAAAAUACUAGUAAUCUGCUCAGAGGGCAAUGCAGGCUUUUAUGAAAUUGGAAUAAUGUCAACGCCUCUUUCCAAGAAAUAUUCUGUUGUUGGUUGGAAUCAUCCUGGGUUUGCUGGGAGCACUGGGUUACCUUUUCCAGCCCAAGAUGAGAAUGCGAUCGAUUCCGUUAUGCAGUUUGCUUUGAAUUAUUUAGGGUUUCCACUCGAAAAUAUCAUACUGUUUGGUUGGAGCAUUGGGGCUUAUUCAACUCUUUGGGCUGCAAAGAAUUACCCAGAUAUAAGAGGAAUAAUCCUGGAUGCAACAUUCGACGAUAUUCUUUACUUAGCGUUGCCUAAAAUGCCCAACAUGUUUUCUGGUGUAGUUGAAUUGGCAAUUCGAGAAUAUGUCAAUUUAAAUAAUUCUGAACUGGUCAAACAAUACAGUGGCCCAAUAUUGAUGAUAAGACGAACUGAGGAUGAGAUAAUUUGUACACAUGAAAAUAAUAUCAAUACAAAUCGAGGGAAUUAUUUGUUAUUAAAUAUGUUAAGAUAUAGAUUUCCAAAUAUUUUCAAACUUUCCCAAAUGGAAUUAGCUUCAAAGAUUCUUUCUAAACCACUGGACAAACUCUCAGAAAACCGUGAGGAUCAAGAGUGCUUUUCACUGUUGGCAUCGUAUGUUUCUGUCAACAAAAACUGUUAUCCUCUUCCUAUUGGUGAAACAUUUAACGAAAUUCAAAGAAAUAAUUUAGUGGAGUUUUUGAUCCGAAAACAUUUACGAGAUUUCAAAUCAACUCAUUGCACACCGUUGCCAGCAGAGUUCUUCGAUCUACCUUGGAAUAUAUCUGUAGAAACCGAUUUUAUUCCUACAUAAAUAUCGUCGUGUUUGCUUAAACAAUUUAUAAAAUUGAAUUAGGCUAAUUCACUUUGGUAUAUUCCUAUCAAGAAUAAAUUGUCGAAUUUAUUAAUACGUUCAACUGUAUCUAAUUCAUAUAUUAUACACAGUUGAAAGAAAGUUA